CGGGCGUGGCCGUUUCGGGCGGGGGCGUGGCCCUACCGGGGAGGGGCGGGCGCCUGCCGCCAGGGGGCGCCGCGGGGCAGCGGGGUUGCACCAGGCGCUCGGCGCCCGCACCUCUGCCCGCCUCCGAGACCCCGCAGCCCCGCGCCGCCGCCUGGACCCGGCCCCAGCCCCGGCCCCGGCCCCGGCCCCUCCGCGGGAUCCCGGCCCCUUCUCGAGCUCCGCCACGGGCCGCCAUGGCCUCUCUGGGGGACCUGGUGCGCGCCUGGCACCUGGGCGCGCAGGCUGUGGAUCGCGGGGACUGGGCCCGCGCCUUGCACCUCUUCUCGGGCAUCCCGGCGCCGCCAGCCAGGCUGUGCUUCAACGUGGGCUGCGUGCACCUGCUGGCCGGGGACGCCGAGGCCGCGCUGCGGGCAUUUGACCAAGCUGUGACCAAGGACACCUGUAUGGCGGUUGGCUUCUUCCAGCGAGGAGUGGCCAACUUCCAGCUGGCAAGGUUCCAGGAGGCUCUGUCUGACUUCUGGCUGGCCCUGGCGCAGCUGAGGGGCCACGCUGCCAUCAACUACACGCAGCUGGGCCUGCGGUUCAAGCUGCAAGCCUGGGAGGUGCUGUACAAUGUGGCGUCGGCACAGUGCCAGCUGGGGCUCUGGACAGAGGCGGCCGGCAGCCUAAGGGAGGCCAUGUCCAAGUGGCCGGAGGGGUCCCUAAAUGGCCUGGACUUGGCCCUGGACCAAGUGCAGAGACGACGCUCACUGCCGCCACGGCAGGUCCCCAGGGGCGAGGUCUUCCGGCCCCACCGGUGGCACCUGGAGCACCUGGAACCCAUGGAUUUCCUGGGCAAGGCCAAGGUAAAGGUGGGGGCGGUCCCGGGGGACCAGGGCUGGGGCGUCCGCCCUCAGCAGCCACAGGGACCAGAAGCGAACCAUGAUGCCAGGUCCCUAAUCAUGGACUCCCCAAGAGCUGGCACCCACCAGGGCCCCCUCGAUGUAGGGACCGAGGUCGGUGCUGACCACUGCACGUCGACUGCCUACCAGGAGCAGAGACCCCAGGUGGAGCAAGUUGGCAAACAGGCUCCUCUCUCCCCAGGGCUGCCGGCAAUGGGGGGGCCUGGCCCCGGCCCCUGUGAGGACCCCACGGGUGCUGGGGGAGCAGGUUCGGGGGGCUCCGAGCCCCUGGUGACUGUCACGGUACAGUGCGCCUUCACCGUGGCCCUGAGGGCGCGAAGAGGAGCCGACCUGUCCAGCCUGCGGGCACUGCUGGGCCAAGCCCUCCCUCACCAGGCCCAGCUUGGGCAACUCAGUUACCAAGCCCCAGGUGAGGACGGGCACUGGGUCCCCAUCCCCGAGGAGGAGUCGCUGCGGAGGGCCUGGCUGGACGCGGCUGCCUGCCCCAGGGGGCUGCAGCUGCAGUGCAGGGGAGCCGGGGGCCGGCCGGUCCUCUACCAGGUGGUGGCCCAACACGGCUACUCCGCCCAGGGGCCAGAGGACCUGGGCUUCCGACAGGGGGACAUGGUGGACGUCCUGUGUGAAGUGGACCAGGCAUGGCUGGAGGGCCACUGUGACGGCCGAAUCGGCAUCUUCCCCAAGUGCUUCGUGGUCCCCGCCGGCCCUCGGAUGUUAGGAGCCCCCGGCCACCUGCCCCGAUCCCAGCAGGGACAUCUGCCCUAGCAAUGCUGUGUCCACAAUGCUUUUAAUAAAAACAACCCCCACUGCA